AUGCGAACUCAACGUGAUGGUCUCCGACUAUACGCAUUGGAAGAAGAGACGGCAAAGCAUAACAGCUCUAACUACACGAUCGAAGCACGGGACGAGCAGACCAGAAUAGACACUGUGCAGCCUCCCGGAGUGUGUGAGACACCUGGACACAUGGCGCUGGGUGUCGCAAAGGCGAACUGCCAGGCCAACAGCGACAUUACCCAAAUGCUGAUUGGUGGCUACAGCGCAUCUGCAGCUGUUCCAACUCCAGCGCCUGCCGCUGCCCGAGUUCCAGCACUGCCUUCCAGUGCAUGGCCUGGCCAUUACAAGCCCAUCAGGAGAGUCAAGUUCACAAGUGUGGACGAGGUGCUAGAGCUCAUGAAGCCUCAAUCUGCUGCGGGUGCCCCGCUGAUCAUUGAGGGUUCCAGCAUCAUACAGGCUGAGAAAUGGGAGGACGUCUCCCAUGUCAAACGGCUUUGGAAGGAUCGCCAGGUGCUGGUCAAGAAGUCGCCCAACUCUAAGUUUCGAUACUUUGACUUGAAGAAGAACUCUGGCAAGUUUACCUUCAAGCAGCCAGUGCGGGAGCUGCAGGACACCUUCGCGACAUUCCUGGAGCAAGCUAACCGGAUACUUAGCGAAGGAUCUCCUGAGCGGAUGUACCUGCAAGAGACAUUGUCCGGUCAUUCAGAGAUGGCCGAGGAGUUUGCUUCUUGGAAAUGGGAACUUCCAAUUCGAAUAAGUCACGCUUGCGGCUGGGGCCUGCCAGAUUCCAACGAGCUAUUCAUUGGAAUGCAGGGCGCCGAGACGCCACUUCAUUUUGAUGAGCGAGAAAACUUGUUCUUCCAGGUCAGAGGGCUGAAGGAAAUCGUGGUGUUCCCAUUCGUAGAUUAUUCGAAGCUGUAUCCCUUCCCAACCACGCACCCUUGCGAUCGGCAGUCCAUGGUAGGGAGCCCUCUUGAGGCGGACUUGGAUGCAUUCCCGAAGUUUAGACAUGCCAGUGGACACUACGCCACGCUGCAAGCUGGUGACCUACUGUACCUGCCUUACGGUUGGUGGCAUUGGCUUCGCAAUCUAGACAACAUGGCAAUUUCGGUGUCGUUUUGGAGCACCACUCCAGCUACCGAUUUGUCCGGCGGUGUACCUUCCGAGUUCUCGGACCACAUGCUCACCCGCGUCAAACGCAACCUGGAGAGCCUUGUGGCCCAGAAGUUUGGCCCGGAAAGCCUUGAUGAGACAAUGCUGAAGCUGCAGAGCAUCGUCCGCAACAAGCAGGACGAUCCGGUUCUGAAUUAUGUCCGUGAGCUCAUGGCAGCUGUGAAGAUCCCGCUGCCGAAGCAGGAUGACUUCCUGCUCGAGAUCAUCGAGGGCAGGUUCGGCAUAGACUGGAAUACUUAUGUGCGUCCUGGCAAGAAGACGCACCGACCAUGCUCGCUUGUCGUUGACUGGCACGUUUUACACCAGUCUUUACCUCAGGUGAGUUCCGCCUGCCAUGUGCAUUACCAAAGAUAUGAGAUGAUGGCGCCAUCGUUUCUAUGUCGCGGCCAUGCACGCACCUGCGCAUUCUUGCAUUUUUUGCCAGGGUUUGCUGCAGAAGCAUGUUGUGCAUUGAUGCCCAACCUGUCCAAAGCACUGAAAAUGGGCUGUAAAUUAAAGGCCCGUGUCAGAUCGGGAACGGAAAGGGUUGAAGAGCGGCGGCAGACAGCUGUCACUUGA